AUGGAUGAAAAACGGACGUUUGAUUUAAUAGAUUGUGUUGUUUUUGCACUCAUGUUAGGAGUGUCUGCGUUUGUUGGUGUUUAUCAUGCUUACAAAGCACGUAGCAAUCCUGACGCUGUGAGAGAGUACUUGAUAGGCGGCCAAAAAAUGUCUAUUUUCCCUAUCAGUAUGUCUUUAAUCGCUAGUUACAUAUCAGGAAUCGCUCUACUAGGUCUACCAGCAGAAAUGUACGUCUACGGAACACAAUACUGGUCGGUGAUAAUCGCAGACGCGUUUGUUUCCCUGACAAUGGCGAUUAUCUACUUACCAGUUUUCUACGGUCUGCAAAUCACAUCGUCUUAUGAGUACCUGGAACUGCGAUUCAACAACUACGUCCGUCUACUGGGUUCGAUAAUAUUCAUAAUAAAAAUGCUGCUUUACAUACCGCUAGUGAUCUACGUCCCGGCGCUAGCGUUCAAUCAAGUCACUGGAAUAAAUGUUCACGUAGUCGCGCCACUUGUCUGCGCUGUUUGCAUCUUUUACACCACACUGGGUGGAUUGAAGGCUGUCGUUUGGACGGACACUAUUCAAACAGUUGUUAUGUUUGGCGGAGUUAUUAUCGUCGCUGUUCUUGGGACAAUAAGAGUUGGCGGGUUCGCAGAAGUUUGGAGGAGAAACUUCAUUACCGGAAGAAUCGAGUUCUUUAACACCAUUAUGAUUAUGGCCGUCGGAAUAAUAACUAUUGUCUCAUUGAGCUGUUACACGGGGAUCCUUAUUUACGCGGCUUUCUACGACUGUGACCCGGUUGUCACCAAACAAAUUAAUAAAGCAGACCAGUUGCUGCCAUUUUAUGUGAUGGAAAUAGCCCAGUCAAUUCCAGGAUUACCGGGACUUUUUGUCUCUGGCGUAUUCAGCGCAGCUUUAAGCACCAUGUCGACGGGAUUAAACUCAAUGUCUGGCGUCAUUUAUGAGGAUAUGAUUAAACCACUGAUGAAGAAGCCUUUGUCCCAGGUAGCUGCCAGUCGGGUUAUGAAGUUCAUGGUUAUAUUCAUUGGGAUUAUCUGUGUAGCUUUAGCGGGAAAAAGUUUAUCCGGAAUAACAGCAGGACCGUUGCUCGGAAUUUUCACCCUAGGGAUGUUUUUUCCCUGUGCAAAUUCAACGGGCGCGCUAGUUGGAGCUUUAGUUAGUCUACAUUUUGUAGCUUGGAUCUCGUUAGGUACUCAAGCAGCACUUUCCAAUGGUAUUAUUAAGAUUCCGAAAAAACCGGUCUCCGUUGAAGGAUGCUCGGAAAUUUUACAAGCCACUGCUGCUAAUGCAACAUUAAUUAAGGACACUAUUAACACGACGCCUUUUUUUCUCUACCAAAUGUCGUAUCUCUGGUACACGUGGAUAGGGUUCCUCACGGCGAUCAUUAUUGGAUUAUUUGUCUCCUGGCUUACCGGUUUCAAUAAAUAUAAAAGCGAAGACAAAAAACUCUACACCCCUGUCAUCCACUGUCUGUUGCCUUCGAGAUCAAAGAAAACGAACGCAAUUAACCUUGAAGCAACGUCGGGUAGUUAA